CCCAUCUCCAAAGUUUCAAACUUUCUCUCAUCCUCUUCUCCACUUUUCAACUCUUUCUUCCAAAACCCACAAAGUAGAUGGCCAUCAGGAAAUCAAACAAAUUGCCUCAGCCAGCAGUCAUCAAGCAAAUCCUCAAGAGAUGUUCAAGCCUGGGGAGAAAACAGAGCUAUGAUGAACAGGGCCUCCCCUUGGAUGUCCCAAAAGGCCAUUUUGUGGUAUAUGUUGGAGAAAAGAGAAGCAGAUACAUUGUGCCUAUUUCCUUCUUGAGUAGGCCUGAGUUUCAGAGCCUUCUUCAUCAAGCAGAAGAAGAAUUUGGGUUUGAUCAUGACAUGGGCCUCACCAUUCCUUGUGAAGAAGUUGUUUUCCAAUCUCUAACAUCCAUGCUCAGAUGAAGAAGAAGAAGAAGAACUGGUUAGAGUUAAUGAUUGUGAGUUAUAUUAUCUGGAGGGAAAAUGGGUCGAGAGAUGAAGCUGCUACUCUGCUUCUGCGACCUGGUUUUUGAUUUUUCCCAUUUUUCUAGUGUUGUUAAAAAAAUUAUCUGACCUUAGAAAACCCAUGAAUAUUAUUAAUCUGGGUUUUGAUUUGUAAAUCAGGAAAAAUAAGAAAUUUACCUCACUGAGGGGUGGAUGAUGUAAAAUGCCGAUGUACCCUGUGAGAGAGCAGAGAAUUAAUAUUAGUAAUUGGAAGUUUCCCUCUUUUUGUUUUGGCCAAACGGAAUUUUCCCA